AUGUCUUUUCAAUCAGCCGACCUGGGUUUUAAUUCACGGAGCCAUGAUGAACCGAUCCUUGCGCCGAUGAAGUCCGCUGACCCGGUCGUGACGGUGGAAACUUCUUACCACACACGGAUGAAGAGACACAGUGCUUCCGAGCCGCGCUUCCACCGUCGCACACAAACUCUCCAACUCCACAAACAGCACAUCCGACCAUGCAUGAAUGCGUGCCGCCAUUCAAUGGAGGACGAUAACGGAACAGAGUCGCCCACAGAGCCUGGGCCGCCCCGAUACAUCCGCAGUCGCAUCGCGAAUGCGUGCGAUGGAUGCAAAGCGCGUAAAGUCAAAUGUGACGGCAAAUUACCUUGUGGUUAUUGCGCAGGGAGACAGCGGCCUCAGACAUGUCAUUACUCACCACAACGGCGGCGAAGGCCAGCAAGUAGGCAGGUGUCAAAGAAUGUGGACAACGGUGUGGAAACGAGAAUGCCGAGAAAUCGGUCAAUCGGCGCGGAAAACGCACCGACAACAAGGACGAGUGCCUCCAAUGCUCGAGUAGCGGACAGUGGACAUGGAACUACUAAUGGUGCAGUCGAACCAUCGGCGGAAGAUGACACAGAGGUUCCACGAGAAGCGCGGUUAUUGUGCGAUGCGCAAGGAAAGCUGAUAUUUAUUGGGGACUGCGCCCCCUUGUCCUUUUUCCAGUCCGUUCGACAAUUGGUGACGAGUCGUGUUGGACAGCAUGCUUUUGCUCCUGAAAGCAGUCGAUACUCGGUUUUGGAGAAUGCGCCUGCUGGGUUUUCGACUAGAGAAAGAGCCAGUAAUGGCAUUGGAAGCCCUCCGGAUGUGAGGAACCUUGAUUUUGAGGCGGUUGUGACGAACUACCUCGUGGCCACGACAAGUUUAGCGGAUCUGUUUGACAACUCGAAGCUGCUCAAUGAUUUGCUUCUGUGGGUGAAUCAUGAACAAAGAUUGGAUGAUCUAACUUCGGUUGUCAAUUACCUCGUUCUGGCUAUCGGCAGCUUAAAGGAUAAUGAGCCGCUGUCCCAGGAAUGCUUUGCAUAUGCCCAAAGUAAAGCAUUUGCUACGUUAAGUAGCAAUCUCAGUGUCGGAACGGUCCAAGCGUUUAUUCUUAUUACCAUGUACAUGCUUUGUACUUGCCAAAUAAACGGAGCGUUUUUAUUUUUCGGAAUAGCUGCCCGGGCGGCGUACUCGAUUGGCAUUCAUCGGACAGAAGUAAAUGCUCGAUUUGGCCCCGAUGCUCACCGCCAACGGGAUCGACUGUGGAAGAGGGUACGAACUGUGGACUUAUUUCUCAGCAUAUCGAUGGGCCGCCCGCCGUCUACUUCGGACGUUGAUUGCACUGUGCCGUUUCGGAAUGUCGAUGCUAACGGAGACGAGACUCUCGAUCUAUUAAACGCAUCUUUGCAGGUCCUCCUUAUCACAGAGAGAAUUGUGGUUGAGAUUUAUUCGAGACGAAAGAUUUCGCUACAGCUUACGGAAGGCAUAUCGCAUCAAUUACGAGACUGGUCAGGGCGCUGGCUGCAGCAGUUGAAGGAAGUUAUCGCUCGGACUGACCUGAGAAGCGUGGCCGAAAUCAGCGGUGCUUGCCAAGUUUUGUCGUCGUACUACUAUGCUGUCAUGCUGGUUUCAAGACCAUUUCUCAUGUAUGAGCUUGUUCGGAGAUUGUCUGACAAUCCAUCCCUGGCGGGAAGGUCAUCUAUGACGUCUGGUAAGUCGAAGCUUGCGGAUGCAUGUAUCGAUGCGGCGAGUUUAAUGGUUGAUCCUAUAUUGGAUCUAAUCAACCGAGGGGUAUUAAACGGUAGAGCGCCGUUAAGUUGGUUAUUCGCCUCUUCUCUGGUUCUGGGUGUCGGUCUACUGGGAGGUUUUGGGCGCAUAUUAGAAAAGUAUUGUCGCAUGUCCAUCCAGGCCCUCGACCAUUUUGCGAAAACCGACAGCCACGCCACGCAGUAUUCACUCAUUGCUCAAUCUCUUCUCAUGACGGCCCUGGAGCAUCUUGAGCGACGGGAACUACAAGAACGGCUACGAAGGACAGAAAACUCGAGCCAGCUAUUCGGCUUGAUGCCAUCAGAGCCACGCACAACGCCUGGAGGUUCUACGCCUGGUAGGGAUAUCUCUCAGCACACAGGCCGAAGUCCUUUGCCGGCCACAUUCAGAGAACGGGAGCCGCUGGAUCGGUCGUUUUUGCAGCAUCAGGGGGUACAAGGAGCUCCGUCUCCGAGAUUGGCCGAGAUUGAUUCGGCCUUUUUAGGAUUGACAGAGUCGUUGAUGCAGACGCCGGAUAACAAUUAUUGGAAUGGGAAUGUGGGAAGCGAUGCGGAUGCAGGUUCGGCAUUAAACCUGUUUCCGCUGCUGGAGGCUGGGGGAGGGAUCGAUUUGGCGCAUUAUUUCUGA